GGGUGGGGUGGUAGGUUGCAGGGACGAGAGCGUGUGGUGGCUACUGAAGAGGGGUCGGGAUCUCCGCAGCGGCCUGGCCAGACUACCCCCAGGAGAACCUGCCAGUGCCCGACCUCCAUUUAGGCCCCUUCUGGCCAGCUGUGCACGGCGGCCCGCAGCUGUUGGUCCUGGCUCCUGCGGCUGCUGCGGAGAAGGCCGGAGGCCUCUGCGCGCAGGGGCGGGGCCGAGUUGGGCCUGUGGCGCCGGGAACCGAGACUCAGAGGUCGGGGGGGCCCAGCGAGGGGAGCCCAGGUCUACGGGCGCUAACGGACUGGUUACUCAGGGCCCAGUCUAACCCGUCCCGUGGGUCCAGCCUCCACCCGAGCAGCCCUCUCUUCUUUGGGACACCCCCGCCACCACCUGUCUGACCAGUCCGGGCAUCCAGUUCGAGGUCGCUCUGCCCGUCGGCUGGGGCGGUUUCCAGGGGCGAGAAGUCGCGCUCGUCCCUCAGGCCUGGGCUGCAUGAAGCUUCCCGGUCACCCACCUGUGCGCGCCCUCCCGCUCACUGCCUUCCUCGGGGCCCGCCUUCCUCCUUUCUUUCUUCCAUCUCUUCCUGCCCCGCACACCCACGGGGUUUCUUAGCAGAGAUCCUGGUAUCUUCUCGGCUACCCUUAAAUUGACUCCCUGAUUUCCCAAGACGCUUCCACCCUUGUAGGGGAUGCUGAGAAGUUCAUCCGUUCUUCUGUAGCAGAGAGCUGGCCAACCAUUUUGAUACCCUUAACCCCUGAAACAGUCUGCCAAGUUACCUGUUUGUUCGCGGGAUCUUCCCAUUCCUCCUCGUUUGUGAUUUGGGUGGGUUGCUUUGGGCCCAAUUGUAUAGAGAAAGAAUAGGUUUUUCCCCCCCAGAAACUAAAAUUCCAAUCACUAUAUUUGUAAAUCAAAUGCUGAAACUGAGGGGUAACCCUGGAAUUGAUGGUUUGAGAAAGAGGCUCCUGGUGAGUCCCAGUAUUGUAAGUGACUUGGUUUGACUAAUCCUUUCCGUGGGAGGGAGUCGAGGGGGACAGACUGGUCGAACCGACUUAGCAGGAAUGUUCCACUCACUGCAGAGGAGGUCGCCCUCCAGUGUUUAUUCUUACUGUGUGAGCUCUGCACGGUUUGCCAGCCUUGCAGAUGGGAGUCUGGGCUGGGGGCAUCAGGUGAGCUCCCUGAAGGGCAGGGUACAGCAGGUUCUGAGUUGGUUCCAGAAGGAGAUUGAAAGAGGCCCUAAGCAGAAUAAGAGCCUGCUCUCGCUUUUAGCUAACCAGUGUAGCUAUGUUACCAGCUUGAGGGUUCGCCGUGCCCAGCAGAUCGGCCAGCUCUACAGCAACAUCUACUCGGAGAGGACGCGCUGGAGCCUCUUCAGUAGACUUUGGCGCAAGUUUCACAGCCACCACGGGAAUGCGUGUAAACUGAUGGCUGCUUUAACUGGAAUCUUUGUGUGGGAAGAGGAGAGGAUCAAAGAAGAGGAGCUACAGAGAUCUAUUGAUGAGAUGAAAAGAAUGGAGGAAGUGUCUAGUGUGUUCCAAAGCAGUGGAGUAGAGUGCCACCCCCCUGAACUAAAACCCCAAACAGAAGAAGCAAGUGAUAAAGCCACCAAAGAGCAGCCAUGGGAAAUGGUAAUGGACAAGAAACACUUCAAACUCUGGAGGCGCCUGAUCAGUGGUACUCAUCUCUACCAAUACAGGGUUUUUGGAACAUAUACUGAUGUGACACCUAGACAAUUCUUCAAUGUUCAGCUGGAUACAGAGUAUAGGAAAAAGUGGGAUGCUCUGGUCAUCAAACUGGAAGUGAUUGAGAGGGAUGUGAUAAGUGGUUCUGAAGUUCUUCACUGGGUAACUCAUUUUCCUUAUCCAAUGUACUCGCGGGAUUAUGUGUACGUGCGAAGGUACAGUGUGGAUCAGGAAAACAAUGUGAUGGUGUUGGUGUCACGUGCGGUAGAACAUCCUAAUGUACCAGAAUCUCCUGAAUUUGUUCGUGUCCGGUCUUACGAGUCCCAGAUGGUUAUCCGCCCCCACAAAUCAUUUGAUGAGAAUGGCUUUGACUAUUUGCUGACAUAUAGUGACAAUCCCCAAACUGUGUUUCCUCGUUACUGCGUUAGCUGGAUGGUCUCCAGUGGCAUGCCAGAUUUCCUGGAGAAGCUGCAUAUGGCCACUUUGAAAGCCAAGAACAUGGAAAUCAAAGUGAAGGACUAUAUCUCAGCCAAACCCUUCGAUGUUGGCAGUGAGGCCAAGGCAGCCACUCAGACCCCAGAUCGAAAGAGUGAGGGCAGCUGUGGCCCUCCUCGCAUUGAAUAUGCUUAAAGGGAAUUAGGUUGGGGGGGGAGAAGUUGUUUCACACCUGCCUUGGACCUUUAACCCCCUGCUGCAGAACAGGGAAAAGCCAGGUAUAUUGGAAGAGGUCUGCUUUACUCACAAAGACCACCUAGUUUGAUAACUGGAGUCUAAUUCACCUGGCCCUAACUUUUCAGUGCUUCUGCCAUCCUUUUAUCAGAGCAUUUGAGAAGAUGGCAUCUCUCCUGGGAAGCUGUUGUGUUCCUGGCCCAAGAAUUUUAAAUUCAUUGCAUCACUGAGGUACUCUGGGACAGAUUUCUUAUACCUCUGUAAGGAUGAGAACAUUUCCGUUUGUCCCCUUGGAACAUUUUCCUCAAGCCUGGAUUUUACUUUGUGCCAUCAAUUCUGCAGUGACUUGGCUUUCAUUCACUUCUUGAAGACUCCACCUAACAAGGCUGUUUGGGUUUUUUCAUCAGUUUGUGGGGGAAAGGGGUAUUGAAAAAUCUCUUGGCAGUAGGUCUUUGUAUGUGCUGACUAUAAAGGAAACGGUCCUAUAUGGCCCAAGGGCCUUUUCUUGAUCUUUGUCUAUUUAGGAACAACAUGAAAGCUGUGCCAAGAAAUGCCCUUCCCUCUACCAGAAAGUGUCAUUUUUCCCUGUGAGAUUCCCCUUUAAAUCUACUUAAUACCUUUGCUGCCCUUUGUGGUUUGAACUGUGUCUGCUUACCCAUCAUCUCCUUCCCAUCCACCCCUCCAUAGGGCCACAGGUAAAGGAAGCCCUUUUAGACAAUAAUACGUUAACAGUAUUCAGGUACGAUCAGGCAAGAUGAUGGUAAGGCAACUUACUAAAAAUAUUGAAUUAAACUUGAAUUUUUAUUUUGUGUUAAUUUUUGAUUGAGAAAGUGGAAUAGAGAUUCACACAGUUGUUACUAGCUUUGAGGAUUCCACUUUAGCUGCAAAAGAUUGCUCCUUAACCUCACUGUAAAGGAAGUGCCAAACUUGUUAGCCCUCUUGGUUUGACUUUACUCAGUCUUAUUUCUGGAUGUUCAUAAGGUUUGUAUAGACCCUCUUCCUGUGGUGAAGCUUAGGCAUGAAAUCACGAUGGAGCUAUUCUCCAGGGACUUAUCCUCAGUUCCCGGUUGAGAAGACUACACAUAGGGAAGGGAAAAUAAUUUUCUUCCCAUAGAGGUUUCAGAAUCACAAGCUAAGGUAGGAUGUUUAGAAUGAAAAAGCUAGCCAUAACCAUAAUUGCCAUCGUUAAGAAAUGCUGGCUGAGCUACUUAUAUACCUGUUCAUCUGAACAUUUUGCCUAGCAUUGAAGCCAGGGAAGGAGUAAAACUAAAGAGAAGCCUCAUUCCUUUACUUUUCCUCAGUCACUGCAUUUUGACAAAAGUUCUCCCAUUACCUCUCUUUCUACUUGUUGCAUUGAAAUGCUGUUGGCUCUUAUAUAAUUGACUUGAAUUUUGCUGGAAUGUCUUGGCUCUGGCCCGAUAUAUUAACCAGUGUGGCCAGAGAAAGGUCCAACUUGAAGGCUAACAGUAUCUGCAGAGUGGAAUGAAUGAUUUUAACUGGGUUAAUUAGGUUUUGAUUUUGACUAGAGUGCCUUGCUCUGGAUGGGUGCAUUGGCUAUAAUGACUGUGGAAGGAUCCUGCCUGAAGGCAAGUGUGCCAUCUCCAGAUUUAGAUAUGUUCUCACGUAUAGGGUAUAGGAGUAGUAAGGGUGGUAUCAUCUGGGCUCAGUUACUAUGGCAAAACUUCAGUCUAUAAGGUGGUAGGUGAUUUUGAAGUCUCCCUUGUCAUCAGAACUUAGGUGGAAAACUUCUGUUUGCCAUCCUUCACACCCUGUUUCUAUCAUGGGGGAAGGGAUCUAGCCCUAAAAGUAACAAUCGCUUCAUAGUACCCUUGCUGUCUGUUCAACGGUCUUGUGCCAAGGUAGUGAUCCUACCAAUACCUUUCUUGGCAUCUGUUCAGAUGAUAUGACGCAGGUACGCUAAAGAGCCCAAGCUCCUUGAUCCUUCUUUCCUCAUUUCAGGAUGUGAUGAAAUCAGGGAACAGUCGCUGGAUUCCAUUAGUAUCCAUUACCUACAGGAGUUACUGUCUGUAUAAAGAGAGCAAUUAUAAAAGUGCUUAGGGUACUUGGGACUCUCUGUAUGAUUCCAUGUUCUGAUAUGUGGCACUGUGUUUAUGUCAGUGUAGUAGUUACUUUUGGGAUUGUAAUAAUUUCACUAAUAACUGGUAUUUUUAUCAAAAGUGUGAAUAAAUGUACUGAUUGGUAUGAAAGAGUGUUUGUCUUUGGAAGAGUGGUGGUGGGGAAACUUUUCAGUAUUAGAAUUAUCUUUUCCUUCCUGGUUAUAAUUGAAAAGAGGAGUAUUUCUGCUUGAUGUAGGGGCAUAGCCCUUUUCUUUUCUAAGUUUAGGUGUGGGGACAAAAAUAGUUUGUCCUUUCUCAGUAUCAAUUGGCUUAUACUCAGAGCUGAGCUUUCAUGCCUGAGUUCUAAUCCCUCUACUUUGGUCAUCCAGUAUGACAACCAAAAAUAAAUCACCCAUUUCUACUUCCUUGUCUUGAUAAUUGCUGUGAACCUUUUCUGUUAAAGAUAUGUCAUUAUAGAAGAAUGAUGCUGAAUUUAUGUAAAUGAUAAAGGUACUGUUCUCAGAGCAAAAGUAGUGGGAGGUUUAAGAUUGUUGAGAAACGGAGUCCUAAGGAAUUCUAGAAGUAGGUUGGGACAAGCUUAUCUGGAAAAUGUUUUCUCAUGGUGGAGGGAAAUGUGAUUGAGUUUUGCCAUGCAAGAAUUGAAAGAAUGUACCAAAUUAGGUUGCAGAUAUUUUGCCUUUUUUUUUUAAAGGCGUUGUAGGUUGGGGAAGUUAUAACAGGAAUUGAUAAAACUUAGAACUGCUUAUGUGGGAUUCUGGAUCUUCUCUUCAUCCCAUUAAUCUUGAUGCUUAUUAAAAAAAACAAAAACCCACCACCUUUAAGCACCUACUAUGUAUCUCAAUGCUUAUGUUUUAAUUAAUUUAGCUUUAAGAGCCUUGUAUCUUUGAUUUUUAAUAAAUUAAUAAAUUCAUACACGUGAGGGGCCUCCUUCAGUCUGCACAAUGCCUUUGAAGAUCAGAGACGUGAAUGACUAAGGAAAAAACCUCAAGUAGGCACAGAAUUUAUGCUUGUGUUCCUAGAGUCAGAAGGGACCUAAUCUCUUUUUUUACAAAUGAGAGAACUAAUGUCCCUUCUGCCUCUUCACUCCUUUUUUCCCCAUUCCCAUCCCCCUCAGUUCUUUACUUUGUGACACUUAUUACAACCCAUCCCUAUUACAGAGCUUGAGAAGAACUAGUUGUUCUGUGGCUUAGGGACGUGCCAUUCAUCAGAUAAUUGUUUGGCCUUCGAUUGCAUUAGUUUUUAGCAGCCUACCAUGCUUCACAGUUAGGUCAGUUAGGUCAGCUAAAACCUCCAGCUUUUCCUCACUGAAUUUAAGACGAUUGUUCUGUAUGCUGUAGUUUGUAUAAUUCAUUGUUUUUCGUUUUUUUGUUUUUUUAAUUCUGAAUUCAGCACCUUACAUUUAUCUCAAAUUGAAUUUUUAAAAUUCGAUUCCAUUAUGAGGGCCAUAGGAUCAUAGAGCUAGAAGGAACCUCAGAGACCAUCUUGUCUAACCUCCUCAUUGAAUAAGAUCCUUAGAUAAGGAUCCCCAGGGCCCCUGGGGGUUAGGUAACUUGCAUAGGAUCACAAAAGCAGUAAUCGUAAGUGGUGGGAUUUGAAUCCAGAUUCUCUGAAUAUUAAAGCUUUUGCUUUUUCUACUGUACUACGCUACCUAUUUCUAACCUGUCAAGAUUUUUUAAAAUACCAAUUGACAUCUACCAUUAUUAGCUUUGUGUCAUGUGUAAAGUUAAUAAGCAGGACGUCUUUUGAGUCAUUGAUUAAAAAUUUCCAACAGGACCAGGACAAAGUUGUGGGGCAUUUGGCUUGUAGCCUCCCUCCAGGUUACUAUUAAUCCAUCAAUUAACAUUUUUUUAAAUGCUAAAUUGUUCAACCAGAGCCCAUUUCAUGUAACUGUACUACCAUACUAUUGUCGAGCCCACAUUUUUCUAUUUCCCUUGCUGAAAUCAAAAUACACUUUCUACACUGGUUUAAUAAUUUUAUUUUUUAAAACGAAGUUUGUCAUAAUUUUUUUUUAGUGAAUCCAUGCUUGACAUCACUCUUUCUUAUGCUUAUAAACAUGCUGUUGAAUAACCUUUUCACUAAUUUUUGCCACAGCUCUGUAGUUCAUGGAAUAAAUAAUUUUCUUUCAUUUUAAAAUUAGGACACUUCUCUGUCUCUAGUUUUCUGACACAUUACCUGUUUACCGUGAUUUCUCAAAGACUAUUGAAAAAGCUUGUAGUAGAUUUGAAAUAUUUUCAGUUCUCUGAGAUAAAAUUUUUCUAGUCCUAGGGACUUGAAAUAAUUUUAAAUUUUAGGUACUCUUAAUUUCUUAGGCUUCAAUACUUUUUUUUGUAUAUUACAUUUUAUUGAUUUAUUUUACAUUUUAAUAUCACCUAUAUUUCCCAGUUUAUCUUGCCAGAAAGCAGUUCCUUAUAACAAAGAAUUUUUAAAAAGGAAAGACAGUUCAGCAAAGCAAAUAUUGAAAAUGUGACAUAUGCAGUGUUCCCUGCCUGUGGUCCCUUAUCUCUGCAAAGAAGAGGAGAAAAGGGAAGGGAGAGGUACCUUUUCAUCUCUUUGGUACCAAGAUUGGUCAUUAUCAUAUUCUGGCCCCAUUCUGUUUCAAUAAUUUUAUGGUUGAA